AUGGUUUUUGGUAUCCAGAGUAGAAAGGCUGGAAUCAAUCCUCCCUGUCUCACCAUGGAUAGAGAGGAAUGUAUAUAUGCACAAAUGUUUCUUGUCAUUUUUUUAUUUUAUUUGUUUUUAAUCCUCCUUUUAACCUUGCAUUUUUCCCUUCUUUAUUUUUCUUCCUGUUCCCUAGUCACUUUCAUUUUUCUUCUUUCUACUUGUCUUUCUAUCGUCUCUGAUUUCUCUCUCUUCUGCCCACCUUUCUUUCUCUUUGUUCACUUCAAGAUGGCCUAUCCUCUGCUUAUCACCCUCUUUCCCUUGUCUUCUUUUUUUUUUAAUUUUAUUUUAACUUUUCUUUUCUCUCCCCCCUUCCAACUUUUUUUAUCUUCUUCAUCUUUUAUUUCUUUCUUCCAUGGUGCACUUUUUCUUUUGUUUUGUUGUCUUUGGCAUUGUUUAAACUGUUAUUUUUUUCUCAUUGCUUCACCAAUGUUGAAUGUAGCCUCUGUCAUUGACAUUUCUCCACCCUGUGUCUAUACAAACAGUGCAAUUUUUGUGCGUAUUGUUUCCUCAUUCAGGUGUACCUUCACAAAUUGGCGGUUUUGUUUUCUUUCUCUUUUUCUUUUUGCUAAAUUUACUUUUAGAUUUCCGAGGCUUUGUUGA